UUUUUAUUUUUUUUUUUUUUUUUGAAUACUACAUACACCUAUUUCUGAAAAUUCGCCAUGCAGUCUUUAUUCAACUCUGCAACUCGGGUGUUUUCUGCCGCAAUUUUUCUCCGAGUUGUACUCCUCUUCUACGGGCUCUACCAAGAUGCCCACUCUCCCAUGAAAUACACCGACAUCGACUAUUUCGUCUUCACAGAUGCUGCAAAGUUUGUCUCACAGGGUCGCUCUCCCUAUGACCGCGCCACAUACCGCUACACCCCGUUGCUAGCCUGGCUCCUUGUGCCGACGGUGUGGGGCGGUAGUUUCUGGUUCGCCUUUGGCAAAGCAUUAUUUGCCCUUGCCGACAUCGUGGCUGGUUGGUUAAUCGUGCGAGUUCUCCGCCAGCAGCGGCUUAUGCAAAUGGAUAUGCCGCGCGCGCUCAAGUACGCUAGCAUCUGGCUACUUAAUCCCAUGGUUGCUACAAUUAGCACGAGGGGCAGUUCGGAGGGGUUGUUGAGCGUCAUAGUUAUGGCACUGCUUUGGGCUGUCUUAGAAAAACGGGUUGCGCUAGCUGGCGCCCUCCUAGGUAUUGGGGUGCAUUUUAAGAUAUAUCCGUUCAUCUAUGCCCUGUCGAUCAUUUGGCUGUUAGAAAACGACGAGAGUCAUACAGAAGAGGCAGUUGGUAUCUUGUUACCAUCUAUGAUUAAUCGCUUAGCCUCGUUUCUCAACCCAUCCCGCAUCCUUCUCACCCUCACCUCGCUUGCGGUCUUUUCCGCCCUCAACCUCUCCAUGUAUGUCAUCUACGGCCUUCCAUUUAUGCAGCAUACAUAUCUGCAUCACCUCACCCGCGUUGAUCAUCGGCAUAAUUUCUCACCCUACAAUAUGCUCCUGUAUCUCUCUUCCUCCACUGCUGCUCAAGGCACAUCGUCAGGAAACCGCCUGGAGUCACUAGCAUUCAUUCCCCAACUUGUCCUCUCGGCUGUUUUAAUCCCAAUUGUUUUGGCCAAGAAGGAUAUAGCAGGCACUAUGCUGGCGCAGACUUUUGCGUUUGUGACAUUCAAUAAAGUGUGCACGAGUCAGUACUUUCUCUGGUACAUGAUCUUUCUCCCCCUCUACCUGCCAUAUUCUUCCUUCAUGAAAAGACCGCUCAUCGGUAUCAGCGCCCUUGCCUUCUGGAUUGGUGGCCAGGCUCUCUGGCUGUAUCCGGGGUUUCUUCUCGAAUUCUAUGGUCUCUCCACUUUUACUCCGGGCCUCUUCCUCGCUUCCUUAUUCUUUUUCUUGGUCAACAUUGGGAUCUUAGCCGUUAUUGUUGCUGAUGUCGGCUCACGCUCAGGCAACUCCGUUACCUUGUGCGCAUGUGGAGCUGCGAGGGUGGGAAAAAAGGCCGCAAGGGGCCUGGAGUGAAAGAAAUGCUUGGCUCGUCAUGGAAGUUUCUAUGUUACAUGCUGGCCACGAAUAGAUAAAUAUAACUAACACUGUUAAUAAUCGACGGACAAUUUUCGCUCUGGUCCUACUGUAUAGGGGGAACAAUAUGAGAAACGGAGAGCCUGUGCAGUGGAGGGUUUGUUGAUUUGGAGGGAAGGGAUUGCCGUUGGUGACUUAUGUAUAUCUAUUACAUAGCCGCGGCCUAUUCCGAACUGUAAGAAUAAUUAAUGAAUUAAACAAGCUUGCAAAAAGUGGGUUCUAUCGCUUGAUAAUUAUGAAAACAGUUUCUUCUCUCUUUAGAAAGAGACAAGCCUAGCGCCACGCUGAAAAUUAGGAAAUAAACCUUUCUAGAAAUGACGCCUCCAGCGCCACGAAAACCGAAUGACACCGGGUAGACAAGGUGAGGUGAUAUAAACGAGGGAUGACAAGAUUAGUUCUCUAGCAAAGCUGAGCUUCAACGUCGGACAGGAUUCGAAAUUGAAAUAUAGUAGUAUAGAUUAGGGGCUGGUAAAUUGUUUUUUAGAAAAAGCAAAUGAGCAAGCAGGAAGAGAAAGAGAAAUUGGGAACAAAUUUGAAUAGAAAAUGAAUAUGACUGGAAGCUGGCCAGACAAACUGAGCUUUUCACAACUUUGACUUGUCAGCGAUGAUCUU